GUGAGCCACAUAGUGAAGAAGGUUGCAGUCACCCCCGCCAUCUUUCCUCAAGGGUGUGUCAUCAUUCUCGGAGAUCGUUUGCCAGGAGAUCCCUACAACAUCUGGCGUUCAAUUCCGGCGGGUGAACUGAACCUAUAGCAGCAGGACAGCAAGGCAUCCAAGAAGACAUUACGGCAGUGUAAGCGCUAUGAGCAUGUACGGAAGAGCUCCACCCCAGCCACCCAGAUCGGAUACCAACUACCUCCAAGGGCUGUUCAACAACGUCGACAAGAACAGAAGCGGAAAGAUCAACGCGACGGAGCUGCAGAGCGCUUUGUCCAACGGAACAUGGAAGCCGUUCAACCCAGACACGGUCAAGUUGAUGAUCAACAUCUUCGACCGAAGCCGCACUGGUAAAAUCAACUUCCAAGAGUUCACUUCCUUGUGGAAUUAUAUUAACGACUGGCUCAAGUGUUUCCAGAGCUUCGACAAAGACCGGUCUGGCUCCAUCGACAAGCGCGAACUGCGUGACGCUCUGACAAGCUUUGGCUACCGCUUGAGCGAGCAAACGCUAGACACCUUGCUUAUGAAGUACGACAAGGAUCGAAAGGGCUCCAUCAACUUCGACGACUACGUGCUGUGCUGCGUCAACCUGCAGACCCUGACAACGGCCUUCAGGAACUACGACACCGACAGAGAUGGCUUCAUCACACUCAGCUAUGAGGAUUUCCUGAAACUGGGGCUCAGCCUGAACCCGUGAGGUCAGUGUUGUGAUAAGGACAAAAAGAGGAUGUCAGCUCUUUUGUGAAGCCUCGAC